AUGCAUCCCAUAUUCCACUUCGAUAUGGCCAAAGGCAAGAAAUCAACAACCUCUGCACGCCGCCAACAGCGCCCUGGGCCAGGUGCAAUCACUCCUAUUGCUGGCAUCAAUCUUUCGCGCUGUGGGGGUAAUCUUAGCAACCCCGUCCGCGAUAUUGAGUGGCGUGCUCCACAAGCACAAGAACUUAAUACAACCUAUCGACGAAAAGCGGCAAAGAUAUACACCCACGGAGCCGUUGCUGACUUGGUCCCUUGCGAACGAUGUGCACAGGGCAGAGGUCCAUUCCAGAAGUGCGUCAUUGCCUGGGACGACAAGGGCUACGUUGGCAACGCAAACUGUGCAAAUUGCUACUGGUCCCACAAGACUAGCUCUUGUAGUCGACGCUACGUUUUGCCAUGUCAAGCGCUGAUGGAAGAGGGACAUCCACUAGGUGAUUUCGAGGAGGCAUGUCGAAUCCAUUGUCACGGUGCUCAUAUUCCUGAUGAGGACGGAGAGGAGUCUUCCUCUGAUGAAGAAGACGACUCCGACGACGAAUAUGAGGAAGAGACAGAUGAGGCAUCCGAAGCUGGUGCUGACGGUGAUUACGGAACUACCUGUCAAAAGCGCAAGUCAGUAGGAUCGCCGUAUGACAGCACUGGAGGAGACACGCCUAAGGCCAAGAAGAUGCGAUGA